UCAUCAACAGCCCCGCAAAAAAAUAAAAUAAAAUCAUAAACAACUCAAGCAAAAAAAAAAAAAAAGGGACUCUCCCAUUUGCUAUUUGCCAUUUGCCAUUUGCCAUUUGCCAAAACGAUUCGGUUCUGCUUUCUCUGUUUCCGUUUCGUCCGGUUAAUAAUCAACUACACAUAUAUACUGAGGUGUUUUAGAGACUACUUUUUUCCCAGUUAAUUCUAUUUUGCCUUGAGCUUAUGCUUUUAUGAGGUUCAGGAGAAGGGUUGUUCUGGAAUCGCCUCGAGAUUGAAUAUCUAGGUUGGCUGAAAAUGUACUAAUUUCAGUGGUGAGAAGGAAGUUGCAAUGAAGGAAAAAAGAGGGAGUUAUGUUCCACCAAGUUAUAUACCCCUGGAGCAGGUGGAGCGGUCAGAUUCAGAAGCAGAGAAAGAUGGAGAUGAAGUGGUGGAUGUUGGCGGCCCAAGUGAGACAACGAAAACUCAAAGUGAGAGUUCUGGCGUGCCACAGCAGUGGUCUUCUGGAAUCUGUGCUUGUUGUGAUGAUCUGCAAAGCUGUUUCAUUGGGCUCGUUUGUCCUUGCUUUCUUUUUGGGAAGAAUGCAGAGUUUUUGGGUUCAGGAACUUUUAUGGGGUCGUGCAUGACCCAUUUUAUCUUAUGGGGUCUUGUCAAUACUCUCUGUUGCUUUCUGACUGAUGGUGUUCUUCUGGGUUUGCCUGGAUGCUUUGUUUCUUGUUAUGCAUGUGGCUAUCGGAGGACAUUAAGGUCCAAAUACAAUCUGCAGGAAGCCCCCUGUGGAGACUUCAUCACCCAUUUUUUCUGCCACUUGUGUGCUAUAUGUCAGGAAUACCGAGAGAUAAGGGAAAGAUCUGGUUGUGCAAAUCCCACUGACUUAGGUUUAGUAGAAGUGACUGCCCCUGCACAUCAAACGAUGAAUCAACAACCUUAAACUAAUAUUGUCUAGAUACAGCUGGAUAAUUGUUAUCCGGCUUUGUUUUGCUCUACAGAUGUCACACAUGUUCAGAGUAUGUGUUCGCCGGAUGGUAUAAGAUACAUCUUUCAGUGAGAACCUUACUCUCCAAAUUAGACGAUCCAAACAACUAAGGGUGAAAGUUACCCCAUAAAAAAUAGAAAAAUGAAAAUGGGCAUAUGAUGGUGUCUGUUCUUUAUUUUUUUCAAUUAAAAAAAAAAAGAGAGCUUAGUUGCAAUACCUAUGCAAAGAGGAAAUUAUACAACUGGUGAGAAUGUAUUGCAAAACCCUUUUGGAAAAGAAAGUUUGGUUUCCAACUUGGGAUUCUGGAACUGAUAUGUUCCAUAUUCCCAGAAUCUACGUUUAUGUCACAAUCUGAAGCUGCAUAAUAGUCUUGUGUGAUUGUAAAAUGGUAUCAGUUCCUUUUGGCCAGUGCUUCUGUCAGCCCCACAAAGUAAGGCCAUGACCAUCCCCGUCACCCUCAUCUUCAUCGUGGAUUAUGCAUUUGUGCUCUUGAGGGCAGCUGCCCACCUCUCA